AUGCUUUUAUACCGUCUUGGGACAAUUGUGCUAGUCAAUUGGGUCGGUGUGUUGGUGAUGGCUCAGACUACUGUCGACCUAGGUUUACCUAAGAACAGCGGUCUCGCUAUUCCACCCAAUCAGAAGAAGGUCUUUACAGCCUUAGGAAGCGGAUUUCAGCUCUAUAAAUGCACUGCGAGUGGGGCAUCGUUUGCUUGGACUAAUAUCGGAGCAUCUGCUGAUUUGUACGACUUGAACAACGUUCCCAACCCUCAGACUGUACCCGAUGAGCUGAUGCGAGGAGGGAGAAGCACCGCCCCACGGCCAGUUCUGGGAGGAGAUAAAGGAUUCAAACUCGUUGGUCGGCAUUUUUUCAACACCGAUGCCAAGCCACAGCCGGUCUUUCAGAUCAACAAGGAUUCAGUUACUGCCAAAAAAGUUGCGAGCACCAAGUCUCCUGGGAAACCCGGGCGAAACGCGGAUUGGUUGCAGUUAAGUGUGGUAACCCCAAACGGCUUCGCCAAUACCAUAUUCCGAACCUCAACCCGUGGGGGGCAACUUGCGGGGGUCCCAUGCCAAUCGCAAGACACUAAAGCUGUCAGGCAAGUACCAUAUGCAGCACUUGUGAGUUGUGGUAAAAGUCAGAAAAAUCACAAGCUUUGA